CGCGCUCUGACGCUGCUUCCUGUAAACAGAAACAGAUCCACUACCGGUUCAGUUAGUCUCACUUACAUAUGUUUUAAACUGUUUAUUGUCUCUGAAACAGAAACAUGAGUUCGGACCUCUCGCGCUGAAGGAAGAAGUGCAGAGAUGUUGAGCCUCAGGUGCAUUGUGGGAGAUGUAGUUCGUGGAGGACUCCUGAGGAGGACGUGUCUCAGACUUCCUCUUCCUCCUCCUCCUCUUCCUCAGCUGACCCAGCGCUGCUUCCUCUCAAAGGGCGGUUCUGGUUCUUCGGCCCGUCUGAAGCUCCGGACCCGCCUCCUCGUCUCUCUGCUGUUUGGAGGCUCCAUAUUGGCCGGCUGGCGCUUCGUUUACCUGGAGAAGCAGCAGCGGCAGCGGCAGAUCCGAUUGGACCAGCUGCGGAAGGUGUCUCUGGGUCAGGGGACCUUCAGCCUGUUGGACCAGACGGGCCGACGCAGAACCAAGCAGGACUUCCUGGGCCGGUGGGUUCUGCUGUACUUCGGGUUCACGCACUGCCCCGACAUCUGCCCCGAGGAGCUGGAAAAGCUGAGCAGCGCCGUCACCACGCUGGACCAGGUCU